GCCUUUCGCUCCUCCCCGUGACGCCACAGGCAGGCCCCGCCCCCAGAUGCCCAGGACUCCCCGGUACCACUGCUGUUUGCUUGCGCCCCGGAAGCUGCCCCUUCUCGGGGGUCAUGAUGGGCAGCAAAAUGGCGUCUGCCAGCAGGGUCGUUCAGGUAGUCAAGCCACAUACUCCAUUAAUAAGAUUUCCUGACAGAAGAAACAAUCCUAAACUUAGUGUAACAGAAGGUUUGAGAUCAGCGGGGCUGCCAUCUCACUCACCUGUAAUUUCACAACAUUCUAAGGGGAAUAAAUCACCAGAUUUGCUGAUGCAUCACGGUCCACCAGACACUGCAGAAAUAAUAAAAACAUUACCUCAGAAAUACAGAAGGAAACCUGUAUCUCAAGAAGAAAUGGAAUUUAUCCAACGUGGAGGUCCAGAAUAAUCAUUGUGGCUGCUGUUUGUCAUCAGACAAAAGAAUUAUCUUUACAGUAGAGGACUUCCAAGACAAAUGAAAAACUGUAUAUUAAUCUUAAUAAAUAUUCUGCAAAAAAAUGAAGUACAGAAAAUUUAAAUGAAUACUUUUAAUUUCUAAUUUAUAUAUCUUGGUAGGCUUCUCUACAAGCUUACCUAAUUGUUUAUAUACAUUAUACUUAUUAAAGUAUACAUUUUGAAAUGUUAGCCUAUUAAUUUACUCUUGAUUAUCAAAUAUUACCAGUAAUGAACUAUUAUUAAAAGCACACAGUGUCUAGUAAACUACUAUAAGGUUUUCCAUGAUUUCACUUUUAUUUCUGUUUCUAUUUAGAUAUGGAAAGAAUUCAUGAGGCAGAAUUACUGCUUUAGGGAAGUGAUUUUCCUGAAAUGAGAAUCAGUGAAAUAAUGUCUUCAUUAUUUGCCCAACUACUGUGGGUUAACCUUUACUUUCUGUGUUUCUUUUAUAAAUUCUGUACUAUGGCCUAGUAUAAGUGUUGCCCAACACAAAUUAGACAAGAGGUUUGGGUUUAAUGUUAGCAAUAAGCUAUUCUGUUAACUUGUGAAAAAUACAUGAUUUACCAUUAUUUUGAUUUUGCCAGUGGGCGGAUAAAAAAAGUAUUAGUAAAAGUAUUAGCACCCC